UGGAAAAUUCUGCACUAACACUUAAAACACAGGCGAAGACUUUGACGAGAAACCGCGUUUUUUGGAUCCUUUGUUUCGAACGGGAUUCCUAGUCAUUUAAUCAUUAUCCAAAUAUAAAAUAGUGUAAGGAUAAAUUUUGGUUGUCUCUCGUUUUCCCUAUCUUGCCAAAAGAGAACAAGCACCUGCAAUUCUGGGAUGGCGGAGUCUAGUGUGCUACCUCUCCAAGGUGAUUCCUUAUUGAUAACACUACUGUUAAUGUUCUUGCUUAUCGUAAGUAGCAGCAGUCAAAACUGUGGGUUUCAACAACCGCCUAUUAGAUUUCCCUUCCAACUCGUUCACGGGAUGAAAAAUGCAUGUAACUCUCCUGGUUUGUGUGUAUAUUGUAGUGAAAAUAAUGAGACCAUGCUUGUUCACCCUACACUGAAACUCCGUGUGACAUACAUAAACUACCAAUCUCAGAUUAUUUACUUGGAAGAUCCAGAAAAUUGCCUUCCGCAGAAAUUUCUAAACCUCAACAAUUUUACUAUUCCGCCUUACGAAUUUGAUUCAUCCGAUGGACGACUAACAUACUACUUGAAUUUCUUCGAUUGUUCUUCACUUGGGCUUCCACACCUCAGAAACAGGGACCAGAUAUCCACUAGUUCGCAAGACAUGAUUCGUUGUCCGACUUACGUUUCUAACUCUUACGAAAGCGUCCUUGAAUUGGACCUAACAUCUUGUUCCAAGAUGUCCAACAUCUUUUCGCAGGUAUCGGCAUCUGUCCUGCGGGUGAAUCAGUUGAAUUUGAAAUGGUCUAAACCAAAUUGUGGUGAGUGCGAAGCAAAAGGCAAAAGAUGUCAAUGGAAGAACAACAGCACAACGGAAAUCGAAUGUGUAUCCAGUCCCAAACGAAGAAUUCACAUUUCCAAACAGUCUAUUUUCAUUGCUACAGGUUCUAUUGUUUUGGGGCUGGUGGUUAUUGCAGUGUUUAAGAUGGUCCACCACUUUAGAAAGAAAGAAGAAGACCAAGCUAGAGUGGAUAAGUUUCUGGAGGAUUACAGGGCAGACAAGCCUGCAAGAUUUACCUAUGCUGAUGUAAAAAGAAUCACUGGUGGUUUUAAAGAAAAGUUAGGGGAAGGAGCUCAUGGAGCUGUGUUCAGAGGAAAACUUUCAAAUGAGAUUCUCGUGGCUGUGAAGAUCCUCAAUAAUACAGAGGGAGAUGGGAACGAUUUCAUCAAUGAAGUUGGAAUUAUGGGAAAAAUCCACCACAUCAACGUGGUUCGUUUGCUUGGUUUUUGUGCAGAGGGACUCCAUCGUGCUCUUGUCUACAAUCUGUUUCCAAACGGUUCGCUACAAAGCUUCAUAUUUCCACCGGAGGACAAUGACCAUUUUCUUGGCUGGGAGAAGCUGCAGCACAUUGCUCUUGGCAUAGCUAAAGGGAUUGAGUAUCUUCAUCAAGGUUGUGACCGUCCCAUUAUUCACUUUGACAUCAACCCUCACAAUGUGUUACUCGAUGAAAACUUCACCCCCAAAAUUUCUGACUUUGGUUUAGCCAAAUUGUGUUCAAAGAAUCCAAGUUUGGUGUCCAUGACAGCAGCAAGGGGGACCUUGGGAUACAUUGCGCCAGAAGUUUUUUCCAGAAACUUUGGAAAUGUGUCUUACAAAUCUGAUAUAUACAGUUAUGGAAUGUUGUUGUUGGAAAUGGUUGGAGGAAGGAAGAAUGUGGACAUAUCUUCAGCACAAAAUUUUAAUGUUCUGUACCCGGAUUGGAUCCAUAACCUGGUUGAUGGAGAUAUCCAUAUCCAUGUUGAGGAUGAAGGUGAAGUUAACAUUGCAAAGAAACUAGCAAUUGUUGGACUUUGGUGCAUUCAGUGGCAGCCAGUGAACAGACCAUCCAUAAAAUCUGUCAUACAGAUGUUAGAAAGUGCAGAGGAAAACCAGUUAACUGUUCCUCCUAACCCAUUUCACUCAACGUCUUCCACUUCUACUGGUAGACUCAUUUCAACAAGACGUCCUAUGGAGUUGGAUGUGAUUCAAGAAUGAGGGAAUAACAACUUUUACCCUCACAAUUUUAUUGAUGUAUUCGUAGUGGAAGAAAAUAGUAUAUUAAUUUGUAGAACAAAAGAAUAUGUACUUUAUGUAAUAUGAUUACAUUCAAACAGUAGUAUUUAAAUCCCUUUUUGUUGUUUUC